CUGCAACGAAAUCAACUAACUGCUUUCCCCUGAAAUCAAUCAUCCCCACAAGUAUCCUGAAAUGGCGCCAAAGGCGGAGAAGAAACCAGCUACGGCGGAGAAGAAACCACCGCGGCCGGAGAAGAGCGUUGGGGCGAAGGAGGGCGGUGGGGAGGUCGGGAAGAAGAAGAAGAAAGUGAAGAAGAGCACGGAGACGUACAAGAUCUACAUAUUCAAGGUGCUAAAGCAGGUGCACCCGGACAUUGGCAUCUCCAGCAAGGCCAUGGGGAUCAUGAACAGCUUCAUCAACGACAUCUUCGAGAAGCUUGCCAUGGAGUCCUCGCGUCUCGCCCGCUAUAACAAGAAGCCUACCAUCACCUCGCGCGAGAUCCAGACCGCCGUCAGGCUCGUCCUGCCCGGCGAGCUCGCCAAACAUGCUGUCUCCGAGGGAACCAAGGCCGUCACCAAAUUCACUAGCUCCUAGCCUCCUCAUUUUUACUCUCUUCAUAUCAUUCAUGCCAUGGAUUAUAUAUCAACAUUCUGGAUUUCCAAAAAUGACAUUCCUAAUAAAAUUAAUUUCGGAUUA